CGACCGCCACAACACACAUCCCGCCGACCAGAACCUGAGAAUAGAGUCUGCCCAGUAUGUCCAUGGAAGAGAGUAUCAGCUUGGAAGAGACCAACAAAAUCCGUAUAUCCAUCGGUCUUAAGCCACUCACAGAUGACAAAGGUCCCGCGGACGACAAGGAGAAGCAGGCGGAAGAGAACUAUGUUAAACAACGAGAGGCAGAAGCGAAAGCUAAGGGGGCAAAGUACAUCCAGGACAGGAUAGCUAAGGUGAGAAAUAAGCGAGAGCUCCAUGCCAAACUGAAAGGCGCGACUCUCGGUGAUGCCGAAGGCGACGUAGACGAUACCCUGAAAUGGGUCAAACGGAGCAAGAAAAAGGAGAAGGAGCUGGCCAAGAAGCGACAGCAGGAGCUAGAGAGCAUGGACAAGGCCAUUCAAGAGGAAUACACCGAGAAGGAUAUCGUCGGACUCAAGGUCAGCCAUGACUUUGAAGCGAUGGAGGAAGGCGAGGAGCGUAUACUCACCCUCAAAGACAGUCGUGUACUAGAGGAUGAAGAGGACGCCUUGGAGAACGUUGAACUCGCCGAAGAUGAACGGACAAAAAAGAACAACGAGCUCAAGAUCAAGAAACGAGAUUACACUGGCUACGACGACGACGAGUUUGUUGCUGGGAGUGAGGGAAUGAAGCGCUCUCUGCUGUCCAAGUAUGACGAGUUCUUAGAGGGGCCUAAGGAGACGGGCUUUCGCUUGGGUGGUUCAUCAAGCUCUUCGAAUGUGACCGGACAGGUCAAGAAAGUAACCGCGGCUUCAGUUAACAAGACUCUGCUGUCUAUAGAUUAUGAGAAGAAUGUCGAGAUGGUUGACUACCUCAAGGAAGGUGAUGUCGGCUUCAAGAAGCCCAAGACAAAGAAAAAGCGCCCAUCUCGUCGCAUAGCUGAACUAUCAGACGUGGCCGAUAUCAAAGCGGAGAGCGACGAAAUGCAAGUCGAUGAGAAGCCCAUAAUACCACGGCAGCGCAACCUGGACGUAAACUUCAUAGAUGAUGAUGAGCUUCAAGCGGCACUUGCCCGUUCUCGUCGAGCAAAGACGGCAAAACUGAAGAAGCUGUCACCAGAGGACCUCGCCAGGAAAAUUGCUGCGAAGAGGGAGCAGCCAACUUCCGCCAACGGCGAUGCGAUUAAAGUUGAAGACGAGGAGGGGGAGGACAGCGGGCUCGUCUUUGACGAUACCUCUGAAUUCGUUCGUGCUAUCACUUAUAACCCAGUUGCCGUCAAGCAAGAGCCCAAGGCGGAGCCCUCGCUGUCCCGUGCGCGGCCAGAGUCUCGUCAGCCGUCAAUGCCUCCACCGGAUCAAGAUGUCGAAAUGAGUGCAGAAGAGACUGAAGAGGGCGAAGUCGAAGUCAAAGAGGAAGAAGACGACGAGGCUAUGCUUCAUGCUCUGGAGAAUGCCAUCAAAGAACAUGAAAUGAACGAGCAAAAAGAGUUCAACGGCGAAAUCCUUGUGGGCACUGCCUCUGAGCAGACGUUCGCCUCCGGAAUGGCUGCCACUCUCAACAUUCUCCGGUCACAGGGCGUCCUUGCUCAGCCCGGCGCCGAUCAACAGGAGCGCGAACACGUGCAGAAACAGCGCGACUUAUGGCUCGCGAACUACCGACAUCUGCUCGCACAGCGUGACCUCGAGCGUGCCAAGACGCGAGGCGGGAACAAGGACCAAGCUACCCGUGAAUAUGAGAAUCGCCACCGGGAACAGCAGGAGGCGCGGCAGAACUUGGAUGCGUUCAAGGACUAUAAGCCAGACGUGGAGAUCAAGUAUUACGACGAGUUCGGGCGCGAGCUCGCGCCGAAGGAGGCGUGGAAAGCGCUCUCGCACAAGUUCCACGGCAAAGGUUCCGGUCGCAUGAAGACGGAGAAGCGGCUGAAGAAGAUCGCGGAGGAGCGCAAGAAGGAGGCGAUGGCGAGCGGCGACACACCUCUGAGCAUGAACCAGGCAUUCCAGAUGCGCCAGGAGAAGGCCGGCCAGGCGCACUUUGUGCUCUCCGUCGGCAACCGCGGCGCCGUUCCGCAGGCGGCCGAGUUCCUCGAUGCACAGCCGCUGUCGAAGGGCAAGACGGAAAAGAAGAAAGAGAAGAAGAACAAGCAGAAGGCGGAGCCACAGGCGGAUUCGAUCGGCUUCAUCACGCUCCCCGCAAGCGUAUCGUACAACGGCAGCCCUGCGCCUAUGUCGGGUGCUGCAAGCACUAGCGGCGGCUCGCCGGCGCCCCGCCCGGGCUUCUCGCGCAUCUCGUCGAGCAUGGUCGAGGUCGAGGCUUCGAAGGAGGGCACGCCCGUCCCCGCGGACCGCACGAAGGUUGUCAUCGGACUCAACAAGAGGAAGGCAGGCGAAGACCUUGCGGGCACCCCGCCGCCAAAGAGCCAGAGGCGGUGAGCGGGAGCGUUCUGUUUGUUUCGAGGUGCUGUAAGCUGCUUGGACAAUGGUGCUCAUGCGCAUCUUUGGGAAUCGUAUUAUAAUAAUAUACAGUGCGUGUGGUAUCGUAGAUGGUUGGGGAAUGUAAAGCCAAGUGUGGUCAGAGCAUGCCGACGCUCUUGAUAUUGAGGUCUUUCGCAAACGCACAACGGCCCUUGUCGCGUCCAGUCGCGCUCUCAAAUGCCUUUGUAAGUGAAGCUUGGCUCUCGUCAAUCCUACGAAAGGUUCAAAGUAUGGCCAAGCGU